UGCUUCGGUCGAGGAUUGCUUCCUUCGAUUCUAUUCUGUUUUCGAAGUGUGUGUUCGAUCGGUCCAUCACGUGCCGCCGAAGAUGAACUUCGGCACGGCCAGCCUAUCUUUCGCUGAGCUCGCUCGACCCCUCCCGGACAUUCGACCAGACGGUUGUUUCGUGACGGCCGGGCGCUUGCACGUGUUGAUAACGAGUGGUUUAGAACGCGAUGCCCAAAGAGAUGGCUACCAAGAACGGCGAUGAUCACUCGGACAUGGGGUGGACGAACAUACGGUUCCUUCCCGCCAGGGCGUUUAAGAAAAUCCUCUACGGGAUAUGCAUCUGGACGUGCCUGUGUUACUUGGUGUUUCGCAUAACGAGCCACAACGGCGCUGUGACGUACCUCACUGCACGCGUCAACAGAGGUUUGCUACAGAACGUGCAGACUGCGCAGGCCGUAGCAGCCGCUCUGGGAGGCGCUGCGGAGGUCCCCACCACGCCCCCCGUGAGUCCGGACAGCCCUGCCGGAAGCCGGACUCCGGGAAUACCGCAGAACUUUCUCGACCUCGAGCCACAGGUGGAUAACAGUCCGGCCAUGAACGAAAAGCAGCUGCUGACGCUCUUGGCGAAUCAUUCCAACCUGCCCCUGGCGUACUGGUCCGAAAAUAAAAACCGACCCAUCGGCAGCAAGUCUUGUGUCAAAUUUCCUAGUCUGUACGAACUGGAUUUCAACAAUAUUUAUUGGCAGCGGCUUCAAACUUCGAAUGGUACUUAUUAUUUAUAUGGAGCGUACUACGACGAUAGAGUGCGGAUCAAUGGCGGCCCCGUAGUUCGAAUCCUCGGCAUGGUCGAUCGGGUGAAGCCCAUUCUGACAUACUGCCAGCUGUGGUUCGAUAAAAGGAAAGUCGUCUCGUUCGUUCCAGCUACGUACACGUACGCUUGGUACAGUAAAUGGGGCAACUACAAGGAUGGAGUACUGCAGCCUUAUGUGAUAACUUGUCGGGUACCUUCACAGGAGUCCGGUGGACAGGUGCCGACCAGUGUUUCCCUCGUGGAGAAAAAGUGCGACAAACCUACGACCAACUUGAGGGUGAAGAAUGACAGACCGAAGAAAAAAGAAGACUUUGCAGUUUGCGUGAAAGGUUUGGAUUUCCUGCACGAAGACCUCAGCGUUAGGCUGGUGGAGUGGCUGGAAUUACUCAACGUGCUCGGAGCCAAGAAAGUGUUUAUGUACGAAUUGGAGAUUCACCCCAACAUUUCGAAAGUUUUGAAUUAUUAUCAGCAACGGGGACUCGUUCAGCUGACGCCUCUGACCCUUCCGGGAAAUCAACCGAACUUGCCCGGAUUCCGCCACUGGUACUUGAAGACGAAACUCACCCACAAGCGACAGAACGAGCUCAUCCCUUACAACGAUUGCCUGUAUCGCAACUUGUACUCGUACGAUUACGUUGUGCUGCUGGACACCGACGAGAUCAUCAUGCCCGUCAAGUUCACCAAUUGGUCGGAUUUGAUGAAGGAUGUGGUCAAGAGAGCACUCAAGGAACGGAAUUACACCAGGGCCAGCUACAAUGUCCGCAACGUGUACUUCCUGGAUGACUUGCAAGAUGGCGAUGAUCUUCACCACGAGGCCCACGAGCAGGGAAUACCUAGGUACUUGCACAUGUUCCAGCACGUGUACCGCAGCAAGAAUUUCACGAAGCCUGGGUCGUACGUCAAGUGUUUCCACAACACGGAGCGGGUGGUGUCGCUGCACAACCACUUUCCGCUGAACUGCUUGGGCACGUGCACCACCUUUUCCAUCGACACCAAUUCUGCCCAACUGCAGCACUACCGCAAAGAUUGCGUCGGUUCGCUGAAGAACAGCUGCAAGACGGAUUUUCGAACCUACACGCAAAAGGACACGACCAUCUGGCGAUACAAAGACGAAAUCAUCAAAAGAACAACUCGGACACUUAGCAGACUUGGAUUCUUUUCGUAGACCCUUAGAUCUUUGAACUAGUUGGAAAAAAUAAACUGGAAUCAAUUGCUUCUGUAAAUAUGUAUAUAUUUCGUACCAUUCCGUGGAAAGUGAGUUUUAUCGCAACUCAGUCAGCUUCGAGCUUCUUUGAAAAGUUCUCAGAAUACACGCGAGGUUUGUCGUAUACAUUUCUGCAUUCAAUGGCGAACGUGAUUUCGAACGACCAAGUAAGGCUGGAGUCG